UGAGCGAUGCGAUAUUCAAGAUACACAGAAGGUAAUGCAGAUCCCAACUUCGCGGCUAAUGGAAUCUCGUCCGACCUCUCUAUACAACCAAUUUAUAUCCAACUCUUCAGCGACGAAAUAUCAGACCUCGUGGCACCCGCUAUUCGAGUUCUUAGAUAGCAAUGGGGAAUCCAGCGAUCCAGCCAUAUAAUGCUAGAAAAUCAUUUUCACAGUUAUAUUCGCGAAAGUUUCUCUGCAUUUUUUGAAUGAUAAUAUUUAUACACCAAAGGCUUGGAUAUUGUAUCUUAUACCUAUGCAACGGAGUGCCAUUUUAUGUCGUCCUGAGCAUGUAUAAACAACUACGUUACGUCGAUAUUGGAUACAACGAUAUUCUCUUCCUCUUUCUCCGUCGGCAACCAUCCUCCUGGUACUUCUCGCCACCCUUUUAACUCCCCUGUAUGUACAAAUUGUUACAAUGCAUUCCGGGUGAGACGGUAAAGUGGUACGAAGCAAGUACAUAGACGUGCUAAAACGAAAUAGUUCUGCAACCGACUGAAAUUUAUAGCUAGCGGUAAGCCAAAGCGAAGCAGGAAAAGGAUUAUCUGACUUGACUAAUUGCGCGAGGCAGCUAAAAGACGAGCAGAUACGUCAGAGGACUCCAUUGCUUGAUUUCGAGUGAAAAGUAGAUCAGAAAACAAUUGCCUCUAUUGAGAGUUUAAAUACUGUGGGAUGGACCUACCUAUGUGGCGUGAUGGCGAUCCUUGUGCUCUUGGGUUGAGUAAUGGAAUAUCCGGUGAGCGAUAAAUGGAUCUUUCCUGCCUCUACGAGGCGACAUAACCGCCAGUUUAAUCUUUUCGCUACGGAAUAUACCUGUGUCACAGCUUGGCUCGCAAACGCAGAUUCUAUUUAGAUUAUUUUUAUUCCCCGUCGCGACGUUGGCAUGAUAUUGCACCCCUUCUGCUCAUUCAACGACUCUAAUCUUUCGCGACACCGUAAACCCUCAUCUGUCCUACGUCCCGAUGGCGGAAAGUUAUUCGCGAGAAACUCAGCGAGAGAUAGGUUGUAAAUUCUUUUAUGGCUCACGUAUCUAUCUCACUCACAUUAUUUAAAAGUAUCCAUUAAUAGUAGUAGUUUAGAAUCAAUCAGGAUUACUUGUAUUUCGCUUUGGAUUUUCUGUUUGGCCGAGCGCAAAUGCAUUCCUACAAAUUUACUGUGUCGAUCACAAUGAUGAUCGUUCUUAUCGACGUUGCCUAACGUCUGACAUAAGAUGGCAGCAUAAACGUUCCUGGACACUGUAGACGAACCGUUAUGACUGUGCAGCGUUAUGGGUACCCUGCGUGCACUGUGCAAUGUCGUAUCUUCUCUUAUAUACACGAGUUUGCUACCUUAGCAAAUUUACGACAAUCCCCUGCUUUCAUUAUAUAUUUUCCAGACAUCUUCAUGACUCCCUCACGAAACUAGUAUCCAGGGCGCAAGUCCGAUAAUACAAAUCAAAGGUAUACGGGCUGUUAAAGUCACGUAGUCUAUGGUUACCUCCUUUUUCAUCAGGAUACUGUUCAGUACCAAAGAAAAUAUGUACUGCUGGUAUAUAAUCGAACACAACAUGGAUUCAGAGUAUCGUGGAUAUAUACUAGAACAUUGUAUAUGUAGGUCCUUUGUCUAAUCAGUGGCAGCCAAAACAAUACUGUUUAUUGAGUCUUUUUUAUGGGGGCUCGCACAAACAGCUCCUUGACACGCUAAGCGAAGGUAGCCAAUACAAUUUUUAUGUGAUCUCCAUUGUUUCUAAUUCCAUUGAGUUUCAUUACAAUUCAUUAUAUUGGAGCAGUGUAACUAAGUACGGACUCACACGAAAGUCUGGAAACAUAAAAAUUUUAUUUCUCAAAUUUUUGGUCAAGUACGCAAAAAUGAUUGCUCUAGCGGUAUUUUAUCGAUAUAAUUUAAUUAAUUUACUCGCUCUCUAGGUAAUGCAAAUUUUUAAAUUUAUAGUUCUCUUGUAAGGACUGUAAUUGUUACAGAAUUUUCUCCGGAAGAAUUUGAUUUCUACAUGUUACUAGUCAAAGAAAUGGCAUUGGCGCGCCAGAACUAGCGCUCUUUAUUUUUCAGAAAUUAUUCCAACAGAUCGCCGGUAUAGGUGAGGCACAAAUGUAUAAAUAUAUAAAAAUGGACGAGGAGGUCAAAAGUAUAUCACCUUUGAGUAUAAGACAAUUAGCGCAAUAGCGUGUAAUAUCAAAGUUUUGAAGUUCAUUCAGGCCAUUACGUUUUUAGAGAAAUUAUUACGCUCUCUUUCAGGACCCUAUUCUUAUCGGCUAUUUUAUAUUUAACUGAGUUGAUAGCUUUACGUGAGGACCUCCGCAGUGUCAGAAAAGUUAUUUAUUUUUAUGAAAAUCAACUAGUAUAUCCAAGACAGAGUGAAAAGAAGCGGGAUUUUGAAUAUGGCUACAAUCAAAUACUAUCCUGUGUAGUUGCUGAUGUUGUUCUGUUCAAUUCAAAGUACAACGCGGAUUCUUUCUUGGAUAAUAUACAAUUAUUUUUAAAGAAGCAACCGGAUUUCCGAGUGAAGAAUAUAAGAGACAAAAUUGCAUCAAACUGCAAAGUUGUAUAUUUUCAAAUUGAUUUAAAAAGACUGGAACUAAUAACAAGUCUUCCAUAGUAUGGCCGCAUAGAUGGGAGCAUGAUCAAAAUUUCAAAAACUGUUUCACCGCACUAAAGGUCCUAAGAGAUGUAGAAUAUAAUUUAUUAUAAGCUUUCUACUCUCGGAGAAUAAUUUGGUGAGGUACCAAAAGAUUUUCUAAGUGCUAAGGAAGAAUUAGCUGAUUGUAUUAUACAUUUUGGAUAUAUAAAUUCAAAAAAAGGAGUAUUAUGAAUUUCUCAAAAAUUGUGAUAUUGUCGAAUCUACGUCAAAACACGCAUUUUUUGGCGUUGCCAUGCUGGAAGCAACCUACUUGGGAUGUCUCCCUCUAUGUCCUCGUGCUCUGGUUUAUAAUGAGCUUUAUCCAGAUCGGUGUCUUUUCCAUAGAGUUGGAAAAGACAACUCUAUGGUCUUUUCACACCAACUGUUUCUGAUCUUGUGAAUGAACUUAGAGAGUAUUGUGAACCAAAGAAAAUUGCUGAGAUGAAAAACAACAUACAAAUACACUGGGAUAGAUAUGACGCGAACACGAUCCUACCAGAGUUAAGAAGAAUUCUACUUCCUAGUUGCUGUGAAGAGGAGGAAGAAGACUCUCAGAACUCUUAUAUAAAGAAAUCUGAAACGUGCAUUUAGCUAGAAACGAAUAUUUAAGAACUGUUAGACAAACCGCAAUAGCGUCGUUAGAUAGUUCACACGUAGAAAUAUUUUUACUAGGGUCAGCCAACGGACCAUUUCAGUUCACCUAUUAAUAGUGCAGCGUGAGGUUUCACGUACAAAUAGUACCGGCCUUCUUCUAUACUCGACUUGAAAGUCUCCGACUUAAAAAAAUUCAUUUUCCUGGAGGCAAAAUGAAUGGGACGAUGAAUGAAAAUUGUGCAGUGUGUAAUGUUCCUGCUGUGCAAAAAUGCAGCGCUUGCAAAAGCGUCUUCUACUGUAAUCGCGAACAUCAAAAACAGCAUUGGAAGAGCCACUCUAAAACAUGCAGACCAUUCAAGAUUGCAGAGAAUCCUGAAAUAGGUCGUCACUAUAUAUCACUCAGGAAAGUUGAAGUAGACGAAGUCAUUCUGAGAGAGGAUCAACCUCUAGUAACAGGUCCUUUACACGGUAUAACUCCAGGCUGUCUUGGUUGUUAUUGUCCUCUCAAUGCGGAGACAGCAGUUCCUUGCACUAAGUGUGGUUGGCCACUGUGUAAGGAUUGUAAAAAUCAUGGUGCGGAAUGUGAAUUUACUUGUAAAUAUAAAAAAGAAAAGGUAUUAAUUACAGAUUUUGACUAUCCUCAUCCAACUUACCGCUGUGUGCCUAUAAUUAGAGCUUUAUGGCUUCGGGAAAAUGAUCCAGAAUCCUAUAUGAAAUUCAUAAAUCUUGAGGAUCAUUCAAUGGCAAAGGGCAAAGCAAACAUAUUUGAUGAACCACGUGAUACUGCACAAUUUGUUAGAAGAUUCUUUAAAAUAGAUCAUGUUACCGAAGAUGAAGUGACUAGAAUUGGUGGAAUCCUACAGAUUAAUGGUCAUGAAGUGCCAACUACAGAAGUACCCCAUAUGGCAGUAUACGACCUUGCUUCCAUGUUAGAGCAUAACUGUAGAGCUAAUUGUAGAAAAAGUUUCACAAACAAGGGUGGCAUUGUGAUUCGUGCUGCUAUACCUAUAGCUAAGGGCGACCACAUUACGAUAUGUUAUACGGAUCCUCUAUGGGGUGUAACUAAUAGAAGACAUCAUUUAAUGCAAACAAAAUACUUUAACUGUGCAUGUGAACGAUGUAAAGAUCCUACAGAAAUGGGAACAAUGUUUAAUGCUGUGAAAUGCACCAAAGGUGAUUGCAAAGGGUAUAUGCUUCCUCCAACUUUUAUCUCAAAUGACAAUUCACUACCAAAUUACCUGUGUAAUAAAUGCACUAAUUCUGUGACAUGGGAAUCGAUAGAUGGAAUGAUGGAAAGAAUUGGAAUAGAUUUGUCAGAGAUGAAGAAAGAUGAUGUUGAAGCAUGCAGAACAUUCAUUCAACAUUAUUCUAACGUCCUUCAUGAAAAUCACUUUUAUCUCACAGAUGUGAAAUUAGCUCUAGCACAAAUAAUUGGUCAAGAAGAUGGUGGUCUGCCAAUGGUCAGUGAUGAGAUACUUAAUGAAAAAAUUAUACUGUGUAAAAAACUUAAUGACCUACUUAAAACACUUGUUCCUGCUGAAAACAGAGUCAGAGGAUUUGUUCUAUUUGAAAUGCAUGCAGCUAUCGCUGAGUUUGGUAGAAGACAAGGCAGAAAUGAGCUUGCAGGGAUACUGAUAGAAUCUAAAAAGGCAUUAUCAGAGGCAUACGAAUUAUUGAAGCAUGAACCAGAAAUUCUGCCAGAAGGUAAAAUUGCUGCUCAUGCUCGAAAAAAUCUUCACAAUAUGGACAUAAUAAUCGAAACUGUUUGCCGAAACACAGCUAAUCCUAUGUAAAAUGAAAACGUAACAAUAUCACAGUGCAAUCAUUUAUUAGUGAUCAAUAUCAUUUUUUUCAUGGUUU